AUGCUGAUAUUCUGGGACCGAAGGCCCGAUACCCUUAGCGCGCCGGGUUGCUCGACCCAACGGCACGAUGGCAAUAGCUCCCUUCCUAACGAGCAUGAGCGAGAACAACCGCCGGAGCUAUCGCACAGUAUGAUCCAGCGGCAUGCUGAGAAUACUUCCACGGACAUUGACAGUCUCGAAGAAGGUCAGAAAAGGAAUGGGCGGACUCUCGUACGCAAUCUUGAGUCACUGGGGCUCACGUUGGAGUCUGAAGUAGCUGAAAAGGUGGCCAGAAACAGUCAUGGAAUGAGUCCUAUGGAAAGACUCACGAAGGAAUUGCAAGAUUCCACGAGAAAGAGCUGUUGA